AGGUGGAAUCGGGGGCAGGGCGUGUGGGCUGCCGGGGACUGUAGUCCGCACGGCGCGAGGUCACGUGAUAUACGUCGGCUGCAGAACUACAUUUCCCAUGAGGGUUUUGGGGCGCCGUACCGUGCGUGCAUGCGCGGUGCAUCCGUUGGUGAGUCGGUUCUUGGGCUGAUCGUGGCGGAGACGGUGAUCGGUCGGUUUACGGUUAAGAAAGGACGCGGUCGCUGUGCUGGAGGAAGGUGUCGGCAUGUGGAUAUUCGGCCUGGAAGAGUUGUCACACUUGUUGAAGAUCCUGAGGGCCUCGUGUGGGGUGUGGUGUAUAAACUUCCAGAUGGAAAAGAAGAAGAAGUGAAGGAAUAUCUUGACUUACGAGAAAAGGAUGGUUAUAGGACUAUUACAGUUACGUUUUAUCCAAAGGAUACUUCAAUAGAUCCUUUCCCUGUGAUGCAAUACAUAGGAACAUGUGAUAAUCCUAAUUACUUGGGUCCAGCACCCUUGGAAGACAUGGCUUUGCAGAUUUUAAAUGCUGUUGGGCAAAGUGGAAGGAACACAGAGUACCUAUUUGAACUUGCUGACUCCUUACGAAAGAUCGUUCCAGAAGAUACAGAUGAGCACCUCUUUUCAUUAGAGAAAAUGGUCAAGGAACUCUUGGAGAGAAAUGGAAAAAGUAACUGUAUAUGAAGGAUUCCUACAAUAAAGUAGGGCUGGAAUAGAGACUAUCUUCAAUUUAAACCCUCACUCUCUUAUCUAAUUUAUACUUGCUGUGUCAUUAUUAUUCCUGACAGUGUCCACCAAAACAUAGAGUAAAAGGUAUUACAAGCAAUUCUGAUGACCAUAGUCUGAUAUUAAAAAUACAUGUGUCCAUGUAUUCUGCAUAUCAAAAUGUUCUCAUUAUUUAACCAUGGACCUUGGUGAAGUCAUGCUUACUCUGUAAAUAUAAUUGUUGACAAACCUGAUGACCGGAUUGGUUUGCACUGACAUACUCUGAAUAUUGGGUAUUAUUUUAAAAUAAGUAAUUUUUAAUGUUUCCAUAAAUUUUAUGAUGUGGUGGAGCCAGUGUUGAACUGGGGUGGGCAAAGUUAAAAAUCACACAACACCAAGUUAUAGACCAACAGACUUAUUUGGAAGCACUAUCUUUCAAAUAUCAAGUAGCUGUGGAACAGGGCCAUAAGACACAGAACUUAUAGCUAAAUUCUGUCUCUUCUGGUCCUGCUCCACAACUAUCUGAUAAAGGAGCAGUGCUCUGAAAGCUAGUGCUUCCAAAUAAACCUGUUGGACUAAUAACCUGGUGUUGUGUGAUUUUUAAAUUUGUCCAUAAAUUUUAAGUGGAGAAGUUGCAAAUCAAGUCUCAAUGUGGCAGGAUUAUCGGAUUAUCCAGUAAUUGUUACUUAUACAGCUGCACCCCUUGCCUUUUUAGUUGCUGGAAACAAAUGACAUCCGAGGAUUGUAUCACAUGUGCAAUAGAUGAAUCUUGGAAUACAAAAUUAGUCCAAGAGGUUUAUGUUGUCUGUACUGCAUAUGAUGAAGUAUUCUUUACCGAACCAUUGUAAACUAUUGGCCCAUAGCACAUCUGAAUACACCCUGGAGAAUACUUAACUAAAAAGCAAAAAACGCUGGAAAUAUUCAGUAGCAUCUUUUGAAAGAGAAACAGAGUUAAGCUUUCAGAUCAAUGAUGUAGCUCUGUUGGCUGGAUGACUGGUUUAUAAUGCUGCCAACAACAUGGGUCCAAUUCCCACACUGGCUGAGGUCACCAUAAUGGUCCUGCCUUCUCAACCUCUCCCCUUGUCGGUGUCUUGGUGACCCACUGAUUAAACUUACCACUGGUUGUCUUUCUGAUGAGAGAACAGUCCUAUGGUCCUUUAGUACUAUGUCAAUUUUAUUUUUACCUUCAUAACACUGCUUUCAUUUCUUUCAAAUGUGAAGUUCUGGCAGUACUGCUGUUGAUAUUCACAGUUCCUUUUGAUCAAUGCUUUCUUUCCAUGUGCCAUCACAAGAAUCUCUCUUUUUGACUUUGCAGUGUCAUCCCCUUUUAUUUAAUCAUUUUAGUCUUCUACAUAUAACAGAUCAUUAGUUCUGGUGUAAGGAUAUUAAUGUGAAAAAUUCUAUUUUUCCAAGCAUUUUUAAAAAUGUUUUUCAGUUUUGAGUGUGAGCAGCAUUAUGUUCUUGUAAUAGAAAGUAUUUAUAUUGACUAUCCUAUGUAAUUUAUCUAAGUCCAACUAGAAAACAUUUGAGUUGCACUCAAGCUUGUGUACCUGGUUUACUCUGCCUCAUACUUCAGGAUUUAAAUACUAAUUGAUAUGCUGAUUUUUUUUCAAAUACAUACAUUGAUAUUUGGAAAAGAUGAGAUCUUAAACAAUGUUCCAAUAAUUAUUUUCAGACUGUAAAAGUUAUCAUUAGAAACAUCUCCUCAUGGUUUAAGUUAUAGUAGAAGUAUCUGAAUUUUCACUUGCACUGAAAACCAUUUAAAUUGGGAUUCCAUUAAGGUACCUUUGUAAUUCACAUUUGUCAAGCUGCUGUUGUCUAGCAUGUGUGAUCCUGUGUUUCAUGAAUGUAACCUAUUGUAAUAUUGGCAUUAUCAAACUUUAUUUACCAGUUUUGAACAAACCUCAAAGAAACACUAAGCAAUUUUUAGAAAAAAAUAAAUCCAAUAUCAUUAAUAAGAA